CCAAAGUCCCCACACCCCGAUAGAAGACGCACCCCCCGGCCACACCCAUAUAUCCCGUCCCCCACCACCCUUUGGCUUUCGGGCUGGGAGUUUCCCACGCUCACAAGAUGGCUCAGGUGUAUGAAAGUGAACCCAGGCUAGGAACCAGUCUUAGCCUUCUCAACCUCUUCGGACUCGGCUCAACCACUGCCAGAAUUUUUGGUGGAUUAAUCGCUGUUUUGAUUGUCACAGUUUUCAUCAUUCACUUUCGAUACCCUUGCCGCUCGCCAUCUUCUCUCACGCAGAGUGUAGGUCAAGCGACAACUUUAUUUGAGGAAUGUCUGGCUACACAUGCAUUUCACGUAGGAGAAUACGAUGAUUUCAAGCGAAUACUUCAUCAAAUAACUGCCCGUGCCUCUGAAAUUGCAUCCAGAACACAUCCUAACGAGUUGAACGCCCCGGGACAAAGCUCGAGCCUCCAUGAUUAUUUCAAACAAACAUCAUUCUUGUGGGAGAGAUUGAAGGACAUUGUCAAAUGUCACCGUGACGCACGGUUACUUCUACGCAACCUCGAGGUUUGUUUAAUGCGGGCCUCUCAAUCGCAUGCACAAUAUCAACUGUUGCAGAGGACUGCUGACCCGACGAGUCCUUGAGCGCGGGGACUUUAUGUGUUGUUGAUGGGUAAGGUGUCAGUACUCUGAACUCGCAACUUGGCUUUAUGCGACGUCACCGUUUAUUCCGGGUUUAUCCAUUGUCUUAUUCUGCUCUAAGUCCGAGUGUUUCCCAAUCUUUUCGGGUCCUCUUGCUCUGGUAGUGUAUUCUAUCCUUUCGUUUUGGUCAAACCUUCCCACUGGUACCCCAUAUAUUCUCGUUUUCAAAACUUUAC